CUCCAGGGAUGGUGAAGUUGGCAGCAGUAUCCUCUAGCCGCCUGCCUGAUGAACCCCCCGCAAGUAGACAUGGAGAAUGCUCUCACGGGGAGCCAGAACUCUCAGGCCUCUCUGCGCAGCAUCCACUCCAUCAGCCCUGCCCAGCUCAUGGCCAGGAUCGAGUCCUAUGAAGGAAGAGACAAGAAAGGCAUCUCUGAUGUCAGGAGGACUUUCUGUUUGUUUGUCACCUUUGACCUCUUGUUUGUAACAUUACUGUGGAUAAUCGAGUUAAAUGUAAAUGGGGGCAUUGAGAACACAUUAGAAAAGGAAGUGGUGCAGUAUGACUACUUCUCUUCUUAUUUCGAUAUAUUUCUUUUGGCAGUUUUUCGGUUCAAAGUGUUGAUACUCGCGUAUGCCGUGUGCAGACUGCGCCACUGGUGGGCAAUAGCGCUGACGACAGCAGUGACCAGUGCCUUCUUACUCGCAAAAGUGAUCCUCUCCAAGCUUUUCUCUCAAGGGGCUUUUGGCUAUGUGCUGCCCAUCAUUUCAUUCAUUCUUGCCUGGAUUGAGACAUGGUUCCUGGAUUUCAAAGUGUUACCUCAAGAGGCAGAAGAAGAAAACAGACUCCUACUGGUUCAAGAUGCUUCAGAGAGGGCAGCCCUGAUACCAGGUGGACUCUCUGAUGGUCAGUUUUAUUCUCCUCCCGAGUCUGAAGCAGGAUCUGAAGAAGAAGCUGAAGAAAAGCAGGAUAGUGAAAAACCACUCUUGGAAUUAUGAGGACUACUUUCCUGAAAUGUGAAAAACUUGCAUCAGAGGAAACGAAGGACCGGAGCUCAGGGUCUUCUGACUGAAAAUUGAAAUUGUGACAUCCACAGCUACUGAAUGGUUAAAAAGAAUUUAUUUAUUGUAAUACCUCGCAACACUAUGCUAUUUCCACACACACAUUAGCAACCUGCCUAUGUAUCCAGUGAGACUGAGUCUGAUCUGUUGGUGAAUAGUUGCAAAAAAUCUAGUGCUGUAUUCAUAAUCAAAAGACUUCUUAAUAUAUGGUAGUAACACAUUUUUAGUAGGCAAACUAUUUUCCUUUUUUGAUUUGCAGAAUGGAAUAUUUUGGUUUCCAGUCUUGGAUUUAUUUUGUAUUUCUUUUUUAACACUCUACAUUCCUCUUGUGUUUUCUUAAACUCAUGCACAUGAACUCUUUGUACAAUAUUAAAAAGUAAUAAAACCCAACAUAUCAAAA